AUGGGGAUCCCUACCCCUGGGAAGAUCAAAACCCCAUUGAUUGAACCGUUCGCAGACUUAACCGACCCGGACGACCAUAUGGCUAGUUACAAAGCGCAAAUGAGCGUUCAGGCUAGUUGCGAGGCCACUUGGUGUCGCUUUUUUCCUACUACUCUUAAGGGUCUUGCCCUCAAUUGGUUCCAAGAGCUUCCGGCCGGAAUCAUCCUGGACUUCUCCACAUUGGAGCACCUGUUCAUCCAUCAGUUCGUGGCGGGGAAGAGGCAAAAUAAGACCAGCCUUCACCUCAUGGGGGUGAAGCAAGAUAAUAACGAGACCCUGGCCGACUACAUCAAGAGAUUCAACGAAGAGUCCCUAAAAGUCACCGACAUGCAAGAUGCGGUGGCUUUUGCUGCUCUCAUGUCGGGGCUCCAAUCAGGUCGGCUUAGAUGGUCGUUGGCCAAAAACGAAGUUAAAACCUUCUCGGAGGCCAUGACCAGGGCCAAAAGGUUCAUCCAGGCGACAGACAUUUGUCGCCACUCGGAUGAUGGGGGCAAGAAGUGGAAAGAUGACAGGAUCUGCAAGGAUCAACCGAAUCACCAAAAAAUGGGAGCUCGAGGGGAUCGGUUCACAAAUCAUAACAAUGAUCCGCGGUUCAACAAGAAUCGACGCGAGAUUCACCUUGACAUCAAGGACAAAGCCUGGGUUCCCAAACCGGCACCUAUUAGAACUUCAUCCUCCUGGAGGGAUAAAAGUUUAUGGUGCAAAUACCACAAAGAAUUUGGACACACCACCAAGGACUACAGAGAGCUCAAAAAGUCCUUGGAUGGCGCGGCAGAUCAGGGUAAGCUGAACCGCUAUUUGAAGCAUACGAACGAAGAAAAAGGAACGCAAAAAGUAGGCCAGUCGAAUAGCGGGGACACCGAGGGAUUCAUCGGUGUCAUCGCCGGCGGUUUCGCAUCGGGAAGCCGAACUGGCCAAGCCCGCAAGGCCCACCUUAGAGUCUCAAGCACCAAGUGCUUGACGUCCAACUGCCUCGGACCAACUAUCCUGUUAUGA